AAUGUGGACAAACAUUUUUUAUUACGUUUCAUUUUUAAAGUAUUUAUUUCUAAAUAUUAAUAUGAUUUUUAUAGUUUUCUUUUUGUGUAUUACUACAGUGUUAUGUGCAGGCGGUCCAAGUAUUACCCUCAAAGAUGGAAAAAUUAAAGGAGUAAUGGUUCGAUCAGAAAGAGAAAAAAUUAAUUACUAUUCUUACAUAGGUAUACCAUAUGCAAAACCACCUAUUGGUAAUCUAAGGAUGCAGGCACCAGAACCAGUGGAACCAUGGCAAGGUACCUUCAUGGCUACGAAUAACAAUAAAGUAUGUUAUCAGAUAAGUUCUAAAGUGCAUAUUCCUCAAGAUGAAGACUGCUUAACAAUUAAUGUGUAUACUCCAGUAAAACCCGAGGAAACAAACAAUUUACCAGUUAUAGUUACAAUUUAUGGUGGAAGUUUCACUCAUGGAUAUGCUUCUAUCGGUCCAAAAGUCGGAAGUAACUAUGUCGAAGCAGGAAUUAUUUUAGUAACCUUCAACUACAGAGUUGGUCCUUUUGGUUUCUUAUCUACAGGAGAUGAGUUGAUUCGCGGAAAUAUGGGUCUUAAGGAUCAAUUGUUAGCUCUAAAAUGGGUUCAGAAAAAUAUCCAUCUCUUUGGCGGCGAUCCAAAGAAAGUUACAAUUAAAGGUCAAAGUGCUGGAUCGGCGUCUGUUACGUAUCAUAUUUUAAGUCCAGCUUCUAAAGGACUUUUUAGAGCUGCAAUUGGAAACAGCGGUUCCGCAUUAAAUAGCUUCGCUAACACAAACCGCAAUGCUUUGCAUAUCGCUAGGGGCGUUGCUAAAAGCAUAAAUGGAUCUUUGGGUUUUAACAGCUCACCGCAACAAAUUUACGAUCUACUGAUGAAUGUCGACGCCGAAACCAUUCAUGCUACACAAGAAUAUUAUAACGGUUUCGCUCCAGUACUUGAAGCUGAACACCCAGGAGCAUUUAUUACAGAACCAAUGUAUGAAUUGGUUAAAAGCGGACGUAUUAACAAUGUUCCAUUAUUGAUUGGAUUUAAUUCUGAAGAAUAUAUUCUUCUUGCUGGAAGUCCCGAAAAAUUGGAAUCUCUUGGUAGGAAAUAUGAUAAUGAUGUUAGUACAUUGUACCAGGCGGUAUGAAUGCUGAUAAGACUUUACUGUCAAAAAUUGGUGGCGUUAUUAAAAAUAUUUAUACACAUGGCAAUGAUUUUAAAGACAAUCUUGGAGCAGCCAUUCGCGUUAGAAGUGAUAACGAAUUUAUCAGAGGUGUAAUCAUGUAUGCACAACUUCAAGCGAAAUAUUCAGACGUUUACUUAUAUCAAUUUUCAUAUCAUGGAAUACUUGGUAGGAACAAUUUGACUUAUGAAGGAUGUGGUAGAGUAGAACAUGGAGAAGAUGGAAGAUAUCUAUAUUCAGGAGAUCUCAAUGCGAUAUCUGAAUCAGAUGCUAAAACAGUACAGCGGUACACUGGUUUCUUCGUUAAUUUUAUUAAACAUUUAAAUCCUACUCCUGAAAAAGAUGAAAUAUUUCAGAACAUAACUUGGCCCAAGCUUAAUCCUGACAAAUUAAAUUAUUUGGAUAUUGAUGAAAACCUAUCAAUUAAAACAAAUCCUAGAAAUGGAACUUACAAAAAAUGGGUAGCGAUUUACGAUAAAUAUGCUCAAGAGCCUCUGUUAUCAUACUGAUAAUAUAUUAUAAAAUAAUUUCAAGUGGUACUUUUGUAAUUUUCUAG